GCUUUUCUUGAGGGAAAGCUUCGGGGCAGCGCAAAUCAGCGUCGCCGGCAGCAGAGCAGCAAUUGGAAGCGGGAGCGCAGAGAAGGAAUUGAAGCAGGGCCGAGAGAGUGUGCAGCAGCAGCAGCAGCAGCAAUGGCGGUCGCGAGCAGUGCUUCGAUUUCCCAGUUGACGGCCUUGGCGAGGUCUAGCUUCGUCGGCAAGGCGCAGUCUCUGCGCUCCUGCCCACAGGUCGCGUUCCCCCUGGUCAGCAAUGGCUGCAGGAUCAUGGCCAUGGCCACCAAGAAGGUCGCUGCUAAGCCCGCCUUCAAGGGAGGAAAGGGAGGAAAGCUUUCGUGGGUCCCCGCCAUCAAGAGCGGAGGUAGCUUCGUCGACCCCGAGUGGCUCGAUGGCUCGCUCCCAGGAGACUACGGCUUCGACCCCUUGGGACUCGGAAGGGACCCUGCUGCUCUGAAGUGGUACAGGGAAGCCGAGAUCAUCCACGGCCGAUGGGCGAUGGCAGCUGUUCUUGGAAUCUUCGUCGGUCAGGCCUGGAGCGGUAUCCCCUGGUUCGAGGCCGGUGCCGAUCCCUCGGCCGUGGCACCAUUCUCCUUCGGAACCCUGUUGGGAACCCAGCUGUUGUUGAUGGGAUGGGUCGAGGGCAAGAGAUGGGCAGACUACGUGAACCCCAACUCUCAGUUGGUCGACUGGGCCACUCCAUGGUCGAGGACCGCAGAGAACUUCGGUAACUCCACCGGCCUCCAGGGAUACCCCGGAGGCAAGUUCUUCGACCCUCUGAGCCUUGCAGGAGAUGUGAAGAACGGAAAGUACACCACCGACUACGACAAGCUCAGCAGGUUGCAGCUCGCCGAGAUCAAGCACUCCAGACUCGCGAUGUUGGCCAUGCUUAUCUUCUACUUCGAGGCUGGACAGGGACUGACCCCCCUCGGUGCCCUCGGACUGUAAAUGUAAUUUAGCUGACCCUGUGUAUGAUGUGUAGUAAUUAGCCGAAAUCCAGGACUCGACCCACUGAGAAUCUUCCGACAGUCAAAUCGACUCUGUUUUUUGUACCGAACUUGUGAUUAUAUUCUUGCCCUUCACGAAAUAACAUUGUUAUGGUUCCUCUCCG